GUACUACUCGAUACUCAUCAUCCAUUUCUUUCCUUUCUUCGCUUUUGCUUGCCAAAGGGUUUCUGGUGAAGUUUGUUGUUUUAGAGAGAGAAAACUUCUAGUUCUAGAGAGAGAAAAUCAGAGAUCUGGUUGGUUGUUGAAGAAGAUGAAGAGAUGUGAGCUUUGUAAAUCUUUCGCCACGAUAUACUGCGAAUCAGACCAAGCUAGUUUGUGCUGGCGCUGUGAUGCAAAGGUUCAUUCGGCCAAUUUUCUAGUAGCUAAGCAUUCGAGGUGUCUUUUGUGUCAUUCAUGCCAGUCUCCGACGCGGUGGAGCGCAUCCGGUGAGAAACUAGCGCCUGCAACGGUGUCGAUCUGCGAUAGGUGUGUCGUUGACGAUGAUGGAACUGGUACGGAUGCUGACGAUGAUUACGACGGAGACGAAGAUGAGACGGAUUUAGACGAUAAAGAGAUUAGAGAUGUUAAUCAGAUGGUAGCUUGGUCAUCUACGCCGCCUCCAUCGGCAUCCAGUUCCUCCGGCAGCGAAGAGUACUUUAGGGUUGCGGAUAGAGGCGUUUCAAUGAAGCGACAACGUCAGAAUGUCGCAGAUCUUUCGUUCGAGGUUGACCUCAACUGUUCAUUACGGCAAAUAAAACACCAGAAACGGUCUUCUACGGUGACGCAACCGGCCAUCGGAGGUGAUGAAGCAGCACGGAUUCACUCAUUGCCGUCGAGAUCAGAAUCGAGCGUGAGUAUAAUCUCCGGCGAUAAUGAGUCUGCCACCGCCGUUGAAAAGAGUGAAGCAACGAGAGCCGUUGGAUUCGACUUAAAUUCAUCUCCGUGGUUGUAACGAUUGUGUGUCCGUUUGUAAGUAGAGUAGUAGACGAUCAAAAUCCCCAUCGGUAGAUAGCUUGAUUGCUUCAUAUUCAUCACCAUCUUUAUUCUAGUGGUUGAAAUCACAACAUCAAUGGCUUCUUUGAGAUUCA